CAGCAGGCUCUUAGUAUCGCAAAAGAGAUUGAAGACGAACGUACGGAAGGUAUAGCGUAUACCAACCUUGCCAGUGCGCAUUACUCUCUCGGUGAUUAUAAAAAAGCAAUCGAAUUUCUUCAACAGUCUCUUAGUAUCGCAAAAGAGAUUGGAAACAAACCUUCGGAAGGCACAGCAUAUACCAACCUUGGCAUUGCGUAUGACUGUCUCGGUGAUAAUAAAAAAGCAAUCGAGUUUCAUCAGCAAGCUCUUCGUAUCGCAAAAGAGAUUGGAGACAAAGAGUUAGAACAAAAGACGUACAACAGUCUUGGUCUUAGUUUUCUUAAGCUUCAUGAUUUCCUUAGGGCUGAAGAGUGUUAUGAAUCCAGUAUAAAAGUGUUUGAGGCGAUGAGGUUCCUUCUUCAAGAGAAAGAUGAAUGGAAAAUCAGCUUUCGGGAUCAAUUAAAAACGUACAAAUUUUUGUGGAUUAGUCAGUUACGACAAAGAAAGACCAAAGAGGCGCUUUUCACAGCUGAGCGGGGACGAGCGCAAGCUCUCACGGAUCUCAUGGAAUCCCAGUUCGGUGCAAAAUCAACUCCGUCAGCAUCAAAAGGGCAGAUAGAACGAAUAACUAACAUUUCAAGCCUUAUUUCAUCGCCUAUGACAUUUCUUGCGGAAGCUUUCGAAUCAGUGUUCUUCUGGGUGUUGCAAAGGGACCAAGAAUGGCAGCUUAUGGAAAAAAAAACUCUGUUACACCUUGGAAGAUAUGACUAACAAAGCAUACGAACAAAUUCGUGCUACUAAACCUGCCAGGUGCGAAGAUCGCUCACUGGAUGAUCCAGACAACGAACCAAUUGAAGAUUUAUCCGAUAGGGGUGACAAUGAAAAAGAAUUUAUAUCGUCACAAGCUGGGGGUGAUGCUUUAAGAGAGUUGUAUGAUGUUAUGAUCGCACCGAUUUCACACUUGAUAAAAGAUGAGGAACUUAUCAUUGUUCCUGAUGGUUCAUCAUUCUUGAUUCCUUAUGCUGCUGUUUUGGAUCAAAAUUUCAGGUAUUUAUCUGAAACGCUGAGAAUUCGUUUGGCUCCGUCACUAACAAGCUUGAGGCUGCUGUCAGAGUGUCCAGAGGAGCGCCAUAGUACAUCUGGUGCCCUUCUGAUUGGUGACCCGUGGAUUGAGACUGUGCGCCUUAAAAGCGGAGAAAAACGAAAACUAACAAGAUUUCCGCAGCUCCCUGGUGCUGAACAGGAGAUAAAAAUGAUUGGACAGAUAUUAAACGUUGAGCCUCUCACUGGAAAGAACGCUACAAAAGAACAAGUGCUAAGUAGGCUAAACUCAGUUUCUUUAGUUCACAUUGCAGCUCAUGGUUCUGCGGAAAGGGGUGAAAUUCUGUUGUCACCUAAUCUUGGCAGCUCUGAACCUCCUGAAGAGAAAGACUUCCUCUUGACGAUGACAGAUGUGUUGAAUGCAAGACUGGACGCCAAGCUUGUUGUCUUGAGCUGCUGUCACAGCGGACGAGGAGAGAUCAAGGCUGAGGGCGUGGUUGGUAUCGCACGUGCCUUUUUAGGAGCUGGUGCGCGUUCUGUUAUU